CGUGCGAUCUGAUUAUCUGAAUGUCUGAAUCUGACAUAUGGAUUUGACAUGACAACGGUUUGACAUAUUUUUGUUUUUACUUUGCAGUCAAUCCCAACAAUUACAAUUAAUAAUUCACUUCAUACAAAUACAAAUUACAAAAGUACACGUCUUCAAAUCAAACCGAAGUUACUAUUUUUGUUUAAAAAAUAUUUCUUAAUUUUUUCGCUGUACUUUAAUCGUCCAAUGCUAGAUGUCUGCCACCGGCGAUGUAGCACCCACCGUGUUAGUGCUGGAUGGAGGGUUCUCGACUCAACUGUCAUGUCAUGUGGGUACCUCAGCAGAUGGAGAUCCGCUCUGGAGCGCGCGGUUUCUUGAGACUCAUCCUGAUGGUGUUGUAAACACACACCUGGACUUCUUGCGCGCCGGCUCUGACGUUAUUAUGACUAAUACGUAUCAAGCGUCUGUUGGAGGUUUCGUAAAACAUUUAGGUGUUUCACCAGAACAAGGAUACGAUCUCAUUAAACAUGCAGUGGAACUUGCCAAACGUGCCCGAGACAUUUUCUUAAAAGAAUGCCAGGAAACAGGUGAUGUGAUUCGAACCCCUCUAAUAGCGGGCUCCAUAGGGCCAUAUGGAGCACACUUGCAUGAUGGCUCGGAAUACAGUGGUGACUAUGCAGAUAUUACAGGUGUGGAUGCCAUGAGAGAGUGGCACAUGCCAAGGAUCCGUGCUUUAGUUGAAGCUGGAGUAGACUUUUUAGCUUUUGAGACCAUUCCUUGUCUGAAAGAAGCUGAAAUGCUUGUAAAAAUUUUAAAAGAGUAUCCAAAGAUGAAGGCCUGGCUGAGUUUUAGUUGUAAGGAUGAGCAUUCAUUAGCACAUGGAGAAAACUUUAAGGAAGCAGUACAGACAUGCUGGGACUUGAACCACUCUCAACUGAUGGCUAUUGGUGUCAACUGCUGCUCACCAAAAAUUGUUGCAAAGUUAUUCAAGGGUAUCAACGAUGAGCGCCCACACUCUCCCAUACCAUUCAUUACAUACCCUAACUCCGGAGAGAAGUAUAAUCCUGAAAUAGGCUGGAUUGAUCAGGGCAAGUGUGAGGCCCUUGCUAGUUUUGUGCCAGAGUGGUUGGAUGUAGGGGUUAGGUAUGUAGGGGGAUGUUGCAGAACUUAUGCUACUGAUAUCUCCCUCAUCAACAAUCAAGUCCAAAUUUGGUUGAAUAAUCAAAGUAAAAAUGUGGAGUGUCACUAAAAUUUGAAAUUGAUCUAGUUUCUCAAUGCAAUGUUUGUGUUUUAGAUUUCUGGUUAUUGUUAUUAAAAUAAACAUUUGCACUAUUAUAAAUCAAAAUAAAAGAAAACAUAAUUAUAUAUAU